UGACAUUCAACCUCACAUUUUCGUCAAGACUUCUUAUUCAAGUCUGCUACACGUAGUGUAACAAUCAUUCCAAUAUGACAGAGCGCAAAGGUGAAAAAUUGUGGGGUGGCCGAUUUCAACAAGGUACUGACCCAAUAUUAAACAAAAUUAACUCAUCCAUCCGACUGGACAAACGUAUGUACGAAGAAGACAUUCAGGCCAGCAUCGCUUAUACGGCAGCUUUGCACAAAGCAAAGCUACUGACCGAAGAUGAGCAGGUGCUCAUCAAUAGAGGCCUUCGACACAUUCUCAGAGAAUGGCAGAACGAGCAAUUCGUGUUGCGAGCAGACGACGAAGACAUUCAUACCGCUGUAGAAAGACGGCUAACGGAGCUGAUCGGUGACAGCGCUCGCAAGCUUCACACCGGCAGGAGCCGCAACGACCAGGCUGUCACGGAUACAAAGCUCUGGCUUCGGAAAUCCAUCGACGUCUUAAUAGCCGUAUUGGUCGACAUCAUCCAGCUGCUGCAGUCGCAAGCAGUGAAGAACAUGAGCGUCAUAAUGCCGGGAUACACGCAUCUGCAGCGCGCUCAACCGAUCCGCUGGAGUCACUGGAUUCUGAGCUAUGCCUGGAGCCUGAAGAACGAUACGAGCAAGCUGAUCCAGAUGCGCAAAAUGCUGAACAUCAUGCCGCUGGGCAGCGGAGCCGUAGCGGGCAACCCGUUCAACGUCGACCGGGCUUUGCUCGCCACCUCGCUCGGCUUCGACGGCCUUACCGAGAACAGCAUGCAGGCCGUCGGCGAUCGCGAUUUCGUCGCCGACUUUCUGUACUGGGCCACGCUGCUUUCCAUGCACCUCAGCCGGCUGGCCGAGGACGUGAUCAUCUACAGCAGCCAGGAGUUCGCCUUUGUCAAGCUGUCCGACGGCUUCUCCACCGGCAGCAGCCUCAUGCCGCACAAGAGAAACCCGGACAGCAUGGAGCUGGUUCGCGGCAAGUCUGGCACGCUGCUCGGCAAGUGCGUCGGAUUCUUGACGACCCUCAAAGCGACACCGUCCACUUACAACAAGGACCUCCAAGAAGACAAACAGGCACUGUUCGAGUCUUUCGAUACGAUUUACGAGCUGCUGCAACUGGUGCACGGCAGCAUCGCAACGUUCAGCGUCAAUCCGGACAAGUGCCGAGCAGCCUUGACUCUCGAUAUGCUCUCUACCGAUCUCGCAUACUAUCUUGUGAAGAAAGGAGUUCCAUUCCGAAAUGCUCAUCACAUCGUCGGCCAAAUCGUCAGCGCUUCCGAGACGGAGAAGAUUCCUAUAGAAAAGAUUCCACUUUCACAACUGCAAACUUUCUCCCCUUUCUUUGACGAAAAUGUCGCAGAAAUCUGGAACUUUGAGAACAGUGUUGAGCAGUACGAAACUUACGGAGGUACGAGUUUUGCAGCAGUUCAGCAACAAAUUGAUACACUCAGUGUUUGGUUGUCUCAAAUAUUGUAGAAAGUAAUGUUUAUUGUUUGUUAUUACGAGCAUUCGAGCUGGAAAAUAAUUGAGAAAAAGUGAACAGGUGUUCAUUGAAUGUUGUUUUCAAGAAUAAUAAAUUUAUUAAAAUUGUACUUUGAAAUUCUUUUGUUUAAUUGUCUGACAAAUUGUGGUAUUACAAACAAAUACCUAAUUAAUUUUUAUAUAUUUACAAAAUAUCAAAUAGAAAUUAGUUGUAUCUACAUUUAGCUUAUAAAUACAAAUUUUUCAUUAGAAUUGGACAAAAAAACAAAAUAAAUUUAAUCAUACCGUUUGAUCAAUGAUUUGCGAAUUUUAUUCUAUAAUUUCAUAUACAUCUUUUAUUUUUUUUCCUUCAUACAAAAUUAUUUCCACAGAUAUAUUUUUCUCUUUUCAUUUAUAUCAACUAUUGCAUUUUUUCAUGGUUUGGUCGAUAUAUAUUCAUAUAUAUAUAAUCUGUUGCUCAGGAAACGAAUAAGAUGUAAUGUUAAUAAAUUUAGAAGCUAUAUUUUUUAAGAAGGCCAAUGAUAUGUAAAAAUACAUAUAUCAUAUUCUAUAUACAGUAUUCUAGAGUAUAAGCGCAAUAACCAAGAUAUACACAUACUAUACAUAUAGUUACAAGUGAGAUUUAAUCUUCAUAAAGAUCUCUUUUUUCCAAAAAAAAAUAGGAUAAAAAUGUAUCAGUUAGUUGCAAUUCAUGUUUCAAAAAUAACGUCUUAAAUAAACUUGUCUUUUUUAUCAUACUUUUUAUCCGUUUUAAUGCAUAAAUGAGUGUUUUAUUCUUCAACAAUAGUUUUGCUAGUAGGUAUAUACAUACCUGUUGUCACAUUGAGUCUGAGUUUUCCAUUAAAAAAUGUUAUACAUUGGGACACAUUUUUUUACAUUAGUUAUAAUGAUAACAUGUUCGACACAAAUGCGCCCAACGCACAAUGAAGGAACUAUAAUUUAAGGUAAAAUAAAAAGUAAAAUUUGAACAAAUAUACGUAACCUACACCAACUUUUUUUGUUUACACAAUGAUAAAUUUUUUGUGAAAUAUUAGCUUAACGAGAACAUACAAACAUCUUUAUGCUUAUUUACUCCAAAAAAUCUCUUUACAGAUCGUUUUAAUCUAUCGUAAAACGUUUAGCUUUAAAUUAUUUAAAAAUAUCUUUCCAUACAUUAUUAUUUAAUUGAUAUAUGCUAGUAAAUUCUUAUAUUCUCUAUUUAUAUGCAUAUGCACACAAAGGUACAUACACUAUAAUCUGCAAGGCACUCCAAAUUUAUAUUACAUCUGUAUUUUACAAAUGUGUCUCAUUCGGUUCAGAGCAUUUUAAUGAUUUUCAACCGAGUA